CUCUCGCGGGCAGCCAAGAGAGGCGGGCCGUUUCCGCCUAACGGGGGAGGCGUCUCUCCGCCACCGAAGAGCAGCGGAGGCGGCACUUGAUAUACUUGACUCAGAAGUCACCUGUCAGGAGGAAAAAAAUCACUUUUUAAAGAGCACUUGGAACCAGACCAAGGGUCAUGUGAAAUUAGUCUAAGAGCUGUAUAUUAUCUCCUGUUCUAGAUCAUCUUCCUGAAGAUACUUUUCAGUGGUGCUCUUGCAGCUCCAAGUUCAUAAAUACGGAAAAAUGGGUAGAAAGGAUGCUGCUUCUGCAAAAAUACCUAUGGAUCAGUACAGAAAACAAAUAGGAAAACAAGAUUAUAAGAAAACAAAACCAAUGUUAAAAGCAGCACGACUGAAAGCAGAGGCCAAAAAAACUGCACCAGGUAUAAAGGAAGUCAGCCUUAUCCUUGUGGCUAUAUUGGUAUUAUUAUUGGCAUGUUAUGCUUUCUUUUAUCUUAACCUUUCUGAAGAAGACGACCUAGGCCUGGAAAAAGAUGGAAAUUAGCCAAACUGUUUUCGAAGAUUUCUUCUAGAAAAGCAUGACUCUUGUCGGCUUCAGCCAUGAACAGCUGCUCGUCAUGAAAGUGGACAAAAUGGGAAUCAGUUCCUGCAACUCUGAAAUUAAUAAUACACUUGAGAAUAUCUCUGCCAGACGUAUGGAUAUUAAUGAGGUUCUUCUCCUUUUCAAACUGUGGCUUAUUGGCUAAAGUUGACCUUUUCCCUCAUUUCUUUUUUAAACUGGAAAUAUUUCAUUUCAGAAAACAAUUUUCUAUAUUCAUUAGUGUUAUUGUGUGGGUGAAAAGAAUUAGAUUUCCUUAGAGCU